AUGGUAGCAAAAUUCUCUGUUUUGCUACUACUGUCACUCUGCUCGGUGCUCUUCACUGUUGGCCUUGCCGGCCAAGCCAUCCACAAUGGGAAAUGGAAGCUGCUGAAGAAGAGCAUUGGAGUCUCGGCAAUGCACAUGGCAUUGUUACCGAACGACAAAGUCAUCGUCUUCGACAGAACCGACGCCGGUCCUUCCAACCUCACUCUUCCACAAGAAAGGUGCGCUAAAGAUCAAAUCUGUUACGCUCACUCGGUAGAAUUCAACCCAGGAAACCGGAACUUCCGGCCGCUCACUAUUUCCACCGAUACAUGGUGCUCCUCCGGUGCAUUGUCCACCAACGGCGAGCUCAUUCAAACCGGCGGGUAUGGUGUUGGAGAAAGAGUCGUGAGGCGCUUCAAGCCCUGCGCUAACUGCGACUGGAAAGAAGACCAGAAUGGCCUCAAUGUACCAAGAUGGUACGCUUCCAACCAAGUCUUGCCCGACGGCAGAGUCGUCAUUAUUGGCGGGAGGUUUCAGUUCAAUUACGAGUUCGUCCCCAAAAGCAAGAUACACAGUCUUCCAUUUCUUGAAGAAACAAGGUACUCGGUAUAUGUACCCAACAAUCUCUACCCUUUUCUACACUUAGCCCCCGAUGGAAAUCUCUUCGUUUUCGCAAACGAUAGGGCAAUCUUGCUCGACUAUGUGAACAACAUUGUGGUGAAGAGGUUUCCGGUGCUUCCCGGUGGGGUUUCUAGAAACUACCCCAGCACCGGCUCAUCUGCUCUGCUUCCGAUCAGUCUUGUGGGGCAAAAGAGUAGCGGUAGUAAUUUUCCGGCACAAGCUGAGGUUUUGGUCUGCGGUGGUACAGUGGCUGAUGCCAACGUUAAAGCCGACGCAGGAGUGUUUGUUCCGGCAACGAAAACAUGUGGCCGAUUAGUAAUCACGUCGGAAAAUCCCAAAUGGGAAGUUGAGGAAAUGCCGAUAAACAGAGUAAUGGGGGACAUGAUUAUGCUGCCGACAGGAGAUGUGCUCAUUAUAAAUGGCGCGGCAAAAGGAACCGCGGGUUGGGGAGUUGCUAGAGAACCCGUUCUAAGCCCGGUUCUCUACAAACCUUGGCAUAAAGAAUCAUCCCGGUUCGAGGUCCUCACUCCCACGACAAUACCUCGUCUCUAUCAUUCAACUGCACAUCUGUUGUCCGACGGCCGUGUUCUGGUCGGCGGCAGCAACCCCAACGCGAACUAUAACUUCACUUCGCUCUACCCAACUGAGCUGAGCCUCGAGACCUUCUCUCCGCCGUACUUGAGUCCUUCGUCGAGGUCGAGGCCGUUGUUAAGCUCCGUGAAGCCGGGGUCGGAGUUGGGUUAUGUGCAGAAAUUUUACGUGGAGUUUAGGGUGAAUUACGAAGCGGAGAAGAUCUACGUGACGAUGGUGGCUCCGUCGUUUACUACACAUUCGUUUGCUAUGAACCAGAGGUUGUUGGUUUUGGAUAUGGGCGAUGUGCGCAAGAGUAGGACUAAGAAACCUGGAGGUUCUAAAUCUAACCAUGACUACAGCGUUGAGAGCUUCGCACCUGCGAGGCCUGAGUUGGCGCCACCUGGUUAUUAUUUGUUGUUUGUGGUGUGUGAUGGUGUUCCUAGUAGGGGAAUGUGGGUAAGUUUGACAUGAAUUGCUACGUAGUAUAUAUUCUGUAAGUUCCUUAGAUAAAAAGCUAUAUAUUUAGCCAGUAUCAAACUAUCAAUUGCCAUGUAAUGUUUGAUGUUGCAAAUUGAAAAAUUAAAUGUAAUGGACUUGCAGUAGGAUGGUUGGUAUAUGAAUGAUUGGACUACCGAGCCCAUUAUUUUCAGCC